GACUGUAUGUGAGCUUCACCACACUCGAUUUCUAGGAAACAGAAAGUAUCAGUGUAGAGAAGGCUGUGUCCACAGAGCAGAGGGACUGGGGCGCAGAGCUGACAACCCGUAGAGCACUCUUCACCUCCCCACAUUAGGAUGAUGAGAGUGGUGGUUGUGAUCCCAGUCACCUUGUACCUGGUGACGGUGCUGGAAGGCGCGUUAAAAUGAAUGGGUCCCAAGAUACCUCGCGCACCCAAAGUGAGGAUCAUACCCCGGCCUAGACCAACGAGCCAGCUGAAGGAGAACAAUAACAGGACUCGAUUUCUAGGAAACAUAAAGUAUCAGUGUAGAAAAGGCUUUGUCCAGAGAGCAGAGAGACUGGGGCGCAGAGCUGACAACCCGUAGAGCACUCUUCACCUCUCCACAUUAGGAUGAUGAGAGUGGUGGUUUUGAUUCCAGUCACCUUGUACCUGGUGACGGUGCUGGAAGGAUUUCUGACCUGUCCAGAGGAGGAACACAUGGUCUCUUUCCCGAGAGACACCACUGCUGUCCUUCCUUGCCUUUUUCGUCCUUCUCUGAGAUUCUCAGACCGGCUGUUGAGAGUCUCGUGGCAGAAGGAACAUGAAGUGGAAGAUUUAGUUGUUCACUUCCAGAAUGGGAAUGACACAGGAGACAAACAGAAUGAACUGUUCAAGGGACGAACUACGAUGUCCAAGAACUGGUUUGUUGAAGGAAACGCCACCCUGAAGUUAGAACAUGUGAGAAAGAAGGAUGCUGGGAAAUAUACUUGUUGGGUCACUGUGUAUCCGAUCCGGCCAGGGCUACAAUGUAAAUGUUGUGUAGUGGUGCUGGAUAUUUCAGACCAACAGAACAUGAAGAUGACUAUUUCACCAGAAAUCGAGACUCAUCAGGCCAGGCAACAUUUUUCCAGUCUUCAACAGUCCAAUUUUGGGAAUGAUCACUCUCAUGCUGUGUGGGAGCGUGUCCUGGCUGCGUGUUUGUUCCUGCUCGUCGUGGUACUGUUCAUCUUUCUUCCCUAUUUCCUGUUCAGUAGACAGCACUCCGGUCCAUACAGGAUCCUGUGAGCCGCUCGCGCUGCUCACUCCUCCCUGGUGCUUACAUCAUGAGGACUGAAAGAUGAUGGCGGCCCCUAUGGUGACACAAGCAAUCCAUGUGAUUCACUUACUCGCAGGGGACAGACUCAUUUUGUGAAAUACUUACGGCACAAUCUGCACUUUCCUCUUCCCUGGGUCCGGUCGGUGGCGGUCGUUUGGACAUCCAGGAAUCUUGCUUCGGUUGGAUCGCUAAUGAUGAACUGUGCCGCACCUUCUACCAAAUCCUAAGUCUGAAAAGUUCUAGCUGCAUAGUAAUUUAUUUCGCAUGAAGUAAAAAAAAUGGCUGACGGUGGAGGGGGCGUGCCUCCAUAUUUAGUUUCUAAGCUUUAUAUAUGUUGUUCAGGUCAUGGGAGACCAGGUCAUGGCUUUCGCAGAGCUUCCCAUUGAAUAAAAAAAUAUAUAUUUUCAGUAAAAAUUUAGUU